AUUUCCUCUGCUGCAGCACAAAGCGUGAGAGAAACUGAGACCAUGGAUGCUGGAUGGCUUGACUACCCUGCCUCUGGGGACUUGCCAGAUGAUGAAGACAUCGGUGAAUUCAGGCCUCACUUAACUUCUGAUGGGUUAGAUAUAGAUGAAGCAUCUGGGUCUGGAGACUACCCAGACUCUGAAGAUGGCAUAUAUCUGACCACCAUGGAUACUCCUGUGAUAUCUGACAACUAUAUCCCUGGAGAUACUGGCAGAAAGAUAGAAGGUGAGAAGAAAAACACAAUGGUGGACAAUGAAAUCAUUCCAGACAAAGCUGUACCUGUCGAAGAGAACCUGUCCAACAAGAUCUCCAUGGCAAGCACAGCCAAUAGCAGCAUCUUUGAAAGAACAGAAGUCCUUACAGCUCUCAUUGCAGGAGGAGCAGUGGGUCUCCUGUUUGCUGUUUUCCUGAUCCUCCUCUUGGUCUAUCGCAUGAAGAAAAAGGACGAGGGCAGUUACGACCUGGGGAAGAAACCUAUCUACAAGAAAGCCCCCACAAAUGAGUUCUAUGCUUAAAGCUCAGCAGCACCUUGUGCCCAUCAGGGGACAAACAGACUGUAUGGAAACACUGUGCCCUCAGAUGAGAUGUGCUGAACAAAUGCUCUUUUUGGAUUGAAUUUCAAAGUGACUUUGAGAAAAAACAAACUUCCUACGUGACCCUUCCCAUCCCGCUCAGCUAACAAGGGCCCAAUGAAAUACAAAGAGUCUGAAAAAAAAACCUCAGUGUAUUUUUUUCUAAGCUAGCUUAAAAAAAAAAAAUAAAGAUGCCAAAUUUUCUGCUUGGUUUUAUAGAGGGUAUAUAAACACAAACCAGACUGUAUGGAAGCAAACACCAUGUGUUUGCAUCCAGUGUGCUGUGCUGGGAUUGGCUGCUUCUAUAGAAGAUGGCUUUUUUUAUAAAUCUUGCUACUAGAUGUCUUGCAGCAGGCUGUUGAUGUGAAGCAUUUUUGUGGAGAAGUAUUUAUGAAUCUCUUACACUACAGAUAAUGUUGCCUUAUCAGGGAGUAAAAGGCCCACGGGGGGGCUCCAAAUCCCUGAAUGCCAUAAAGGGCCUAUGGGAAUGUCUUCCCCCGGAGACUUCUGUCUCUUCCUGUUGGCCCCAGGCAAGGGUCAUUAGUCCUUGAAAUCAGGACAGCCAGUUGUUUGGCUAUGGUGGCACCCUUUCCUUGCCUUCAGUCUCUUACCUUUUUUUAAGGAUUGCUUGUAGGAUU